AUGGCGCACACACGGAUCCCGGUCCCUUUCCAUCAGCCGCUGCUGGUGUUUCUGUGCUGCCUCGUUAUUAUCAGCUUCACUGCAACCGUGCCUGCAGCCGUAACUGCAACCGUACCUGCAACCGUGCCUGCAAUCGUACCUGCAGCAGUGGCCACUGCAGUCCCUGCAUCAGCGCUUGGAACAGUGCCUGCCACCGUGCCUGCAUCUGCAGCAGGGGCGAGGGCAGCGGGUGUGUCAGGGCCCUCUGCUGCCAGUAGCACGACUCUAGGGGCCCGCCCUUCGCCUGCUUCUGCAGUGCCUGUCUCAACGCCUGUAGGGGGGGCGCCUGGAGCAGUGGCUGCAUCUGCAGAAGGGGCGAGGGCGGGUGUGUCAAGCCCCUCGGCUACCAGUAGCACAGCCCUAGGGACCCGCCCCCCUUCUGCUGCUGUAUCUGCCUCAACACCCACUAGGGCCAACCCCCAUGCUGCUGCUGUGCCUGUCUCGACACCCACUCAGGGCCGCCCUUCCUCUGCUGCUGUGCCUGUCUCGACGCCUGCAAGGAGCCUCCCUUUGGCUGUUGCUACUAUGCCUAUCUCAACACCCACUAGGGCCCGCCCUGCAGCCAUGCCUGUCUCGACGCCUGUAAGGGGACUCCCUUCCACUGCUGCUGCUGUGCCUGCAUCAACAUCCACUAGGGCCCGCCCUGCUGCCACGGGCGAUUCGCCAGUUGUCCUCCCUGCGACAACGACUACUCGCAACCUCCCCACCCAAGUGCCCUCCCAGUUACCCUCCCCACCAACUGCCGCUACCAGCAGCAGCAGCAGCAGCAGCAGCAGCAGCAGCAGCGGCGGCAGUGGGGAAGGAGGAGGGGGGCUGGGGGGGAUGAUGGGUUUCCUGGGCCCUUUGACGUCCACUUUCUCAAGGAUGUUUGGCUCACAGGCACAUUCUUUUCUAUUGGCUCUUGGUUCUCCUCCCUGGUGCGUGGGCAGCAGUAGAGAGGAGUGGCACGAGUGGUGA